GCAGCUUUCCAUUAACUGCUGCUCCUAUCAACAUGUUGUAUGACGACAUUAAAGAAGAGGUCCCUGAAGAAAACAAUCCUGAUGUGGACCAGCAGGAGCUGGAGCUGCUCUACAUAAAGGAGGAAGGGAAAAUAACCUGGGCCAGCCAGAAAAGAGAGCAACAGAAUUUCAAGGAGGAGACUGACGAUACCAGGUUUCCAUCAACUGUUGUUAAUAUGAAAAGUGAAGAGGAUGAAGAGAAACCUCCAUUCUCUAACUAUGGUCAACAGCUAACAGAAGCCAGAUAUUUUACAACCGGCACUUCAACUGACUUUAUAAAAGUGAUCGUUAAAGAUGAGGCUUCAGAUGUGGAUUCAAUGAAAAUAGUUGUAGAUAGUACAAAGGUUAAUUUGAAAAAUCCAAAGACCAGCAUAAUAAGCCAAACCAGGGAGAAAUCCUUUGGUUGUGAUGAUUGUGGAAAAAGAUUUUCUGCCAGCUCAUCCUUAAAAAGACAUAUGAUAAUCCACACAGGAGAGAAACCUUUUAGUUGUGAUUUAUGUGGGAGAAGAUUUACCUGGAAGGCACAUUUCGAUAUGCAUAUGAUAAUCCACACGGGAGAGAAACCUUUUGGUUGCGAUUUAUGUGGGAUAAGAUUUACCUGGAAGGCACUUUUCAAUAUGCAUAUGAGAAGCCACACAGUAGAGAAACCUUUUGGUUGCGAUGCAUGUGAUAAAAGAUUUCUCACAAAGUCAUAUUUAAAGAUACACAUGAGAAUCCACACAGGAGAGAAACCUUUUGGUUGCGAUAGGUGUGGUAAAAGAUUUUCUGCCAGCUCAUCCUUAAAUAGACACAUGAGAAUCCACACAGGAGAGAAACCUUAUAGCUGUGAUACAUGUGGGAAAAGAUUUUCCAGAAAGCUAAACUUAAAUUCACACAUGGAUAUCCACACAGGCGAAAAACCCUUUGCUUGUGAUGCUUGUAGUAAAAGAUUUCGCUGGAAGUCAGAAUUAAGUAGGCACAUGAAAUUACAUCUGCAAUAGACUGUCCACGUUAUACCCCGCCUCUCGCUCAUUGACAGCUGGUGAUCGGCAUCAGCAACCCUCGCGACCCGAACAGUGUGUUGGAAAUUGGAUGCAUGGACGAAAUUACAUAUGCGAGAGACACCUUUUGGUCGUGAUGAUUGUGAGAAAAUGUUCCUGGAAAGUCAGAGUUAAGAAGACUCAUGAAAAUUUACACAAGAAAGAAACAUGUUUGUUAUGAUGUUUAUGAAAAACAGCCGAUUCACACAACAAUGUUAAAAGAUUAUGUUAUAUUAUUGUACUGGAGCCAUAGAAGCAAAAAUCAUGUUCUAAUGGACAUUAGGAUCUGAGAGACAAUGUAAAUGAUUUAUGAUCAGAACCCUGCAACCGUUGCAUGUUGUCAACACUUAAUAGUUUGUUGGAAACAGCAGAGAUAAUACAGUCUAACAGCAGCUGGGAUGAAGGACUAAUGAAAGUAUGCUAUUGAGUAUAUGGGUUUCAGCAGUCUGUUGCUGAA